AGAAGGACGUUACAGAGUUCACAGUCGAUGUACAACUGCUUCUUGUUGACAGUAUCAACUUGACACAGUGUCGUUUAUAUCUGCAAGUAUUGGUAUGCUAAAGGCAGAAGCCAGGAUGAAAUCUUUUCAAGUGGUCGUGCAAGCUUGAUUCGUUGCAAGCUUGAUUCUUUGGCGUAGUCCUUUUAAAAUACUUCCAGACAUGUGAAAUUUAACUCUUUUUUGUAGUACUCUGCCUAUCUGGUACAGAAUCCUUUUCAGAGUCUGUGCUGGUGCAAUCGCAGUCCUGCUUGUCUGUACUUGACUUACUAAGUGUGGCUGACAUUUGACGUUUAUCUUAAAUUCAGCACUUUAUCGAUCAAAAUACUUUUGUAUAAUACAUAAACAUACCUUUCCUUAAAAUCGAUCCAUAUUUAUUUGUUUUUCUUCUUAAUUGCUGACGAUUUUACACAGAAUAAGAGCGAAUUAAAUUGUUUUAACGGCUAUCGAUAGCACCAUCUGCUACUAUCGAUUGUGGCUCGAAAGCGCUCAACCAUCGGUAGCGUCGAUAAUGUCAUUGAUUGUUUUCCACCUCUAUGUUAAAUUGUGGAGGCGGCGCAAUUGCCAAAGAAAAAGCGGACCUCGUGCUUAAAUGAAAUUCAUGAAAUGUCUAAUAUUUUGAAUUCACAAAGCCUUCUCGAUGCAUUCCAGUCGAUAGACAUUACCGAUGAGCUAAAUGAAUGCACAACAAGCCCAACAAAAAGCAUAUUGCGGCAUCAACAGCAACAACAACAACAAGAUGCGGAAAAUGGCAACAACAGCAACGACAUCGACUGCAACAUCGAAGUUGACACUCACGACAAUCUCACGUGCAGAAUACCCCAAAGAGCGGCAGAUGAUGCGGACAAUGGUGACGAUUCUGACUCGGAUGUUAUUAUCGUUUCGGAUACAUCAGAAGCUUCGUCAAUUGUCAGCUACAUUAAUCCAUCGGAUUUGAGCUCAGAUAGCGACGACAACAACGACAUUUGUAAGGCUUCGACAAUACUCGAAAUCGAAAGCGAGAUCGAUUCUUACAUUGAUGAUGAUGAGGAGCAAAGUGAUGACAGCAGUAUGGAAAAGUUUGUGAGUGCGUUUAAACUCAAAUUCGAAUCAUUCUUGAGCGGUAACGAGUCAUGUGAUCAAGGCAAAGGAGACAUCGACACUCAUGACAAUCUCACGUGCCGAAUGCCCCAAAGAGCGGCAGAUGAUGGCAACAAUGGUGACGUCUUCGACUCAGACGUUAUUAUCGUUGCGGAUACAUCAGGCAUUUCCAAGGCUUCGACAAUACCCGAAUCCGAAAGAGAGAACGAUUCUUACAUAGAUGUUGAGAAGCUAAGUGAUGACAGCAUGAUGGAAAAUUUUGAGAGUGCAGCAAUUAAACUCAAAAUCGAAUUAUUCUCCAGCGAGAAGUCCAAGGCAACGGAGUCAGGUGACCAAGGCAAAGGAGACAUUGACAGCAACAUCGAUGUCGACACUAAAGAAAAUCUCACGGGGAGAAUGCCCCAAAGAGCGGCAAGCGAUGCGGAAUCCUUAUCCGUUUCGUAUACAUCGGAAACUUCGUCAAUUGUCAGCUACAUUAAUCCAUCGGAUUUGGACACAGAUAGCGACGAAAACAACGACAUUUGUAAGGCUUCGACAAUACCCGAAACCGAAAGCGAGAACGAUUCUUACAUUGAUGAUGAUGAGGAGCUAAGUGAUGACAGCAGUAUGGAAAAGUUUGUGAGUGCAUUUAAACUCAAAUUCGAAUCAUUCUUGAGCGGUGGCGAGCCAUGUGAUCAAGGCAAAGGAGACAUCGACUGCAACAUCGAAGUCGACACUCAUGACAAUCAUGACGAUUCUUACAUUGAUGUUGAGAAGCUAAGUGAUGACAGCAAGAUGGAAAAGUCUGUGAGCGCACCAAUUAGUCGCAAAAUCGAUUCCUUCUCCAGCGGUAGCGAGAAGACCAAGGCAAAGGAGCCAUCGCUAGAACUGCGUCUUCUAAAAGAGACGCCUUUGGAUGCACAAAAAGUAAUAAACACGCGCAGUGGGCGCGUUUUGCGUCAACGCAUCGAUCACAAGGUCGACAAGGCUCACCUCGAGGUUGAUGAUGAUGACGAUGACGAUGAGGAUUAUGUGUUAAAAGUCCGUAAGAAGCCCACACGCAAACGUCGCGUCUCCGCACUGCUGAGUAGCGACUCCAACAGCAGCAGCAGCAGCAUUGCCGGCUUCUCCAUGACGGACAACGCAGAUGCCGCACUCAUCUAUGUGGAUUUGCAGCAACCGGUGGCCAUUGUCAGCAGCGAGCCAACUGCUGAUGCUACUGCCGUUGAAUGCGAUAGCGAAUUGAAAAUGCGUUUGGACAAGUUUUUGGGUUUACGACCGGCACAGCGGCGUCUUUUCAAUCCCAUGGCCAACUAUGAGUUCGAGGACAAUCACAUGAAUGAGGAUACACCUCCAAGCUCACGCCUCUGGGCAGCACACAAUGCGCACAUUGCUGUCAAAGAACCAAAAGCCCAAGUGGCGAAGGCAACAUCGACGCCAAUAGUAAAAUCCCUGGAUGCUAAGCUAACUAAUGAAAUGAAAAUGCUGAUCCUUGAUGAUAUUGUGCAGCGCACGAACGCCAAUUACUUUGAGAGGCAAACGCCGCAGCACAUUAAGAAACCUAUUGAUCUGAGUGGUCUACCCAGCCAGGAGGUGCGUGCGGUCAAUUGUCAGCAGCACAAGGAGAUCAGUGAUUACCUAGAACGUUAUAAGGGUCUCUACAGCUUUGUGGAUUCACUACGUCCUGAGACGCCUUUAAACAUGUGUCAUCCACUCGCUGUCUACUAUCGCAAGCGUGACUUUGAAUCGUCGAAAGCAGGGCUGGCCAAGACACUGUUCAAUGUGCUCAAUCACAGCAUCUUCCAUUGCGGUCUGCGCCGCAUAAUUACAUGGAAGAGUUGCAUGAACACACCGAGCGCAAUUGUGAAUUCCAUUAAAUCUGAUGGCCAGCGCACCUCACGCAUCGUUCUUUGGAAGCAUAUGAAGCAGCCGAUCAUGCUGGUGAAGGUUCUGCUACACGAGAUGUGUCAUGCUGCUGCCUUUGUAUACCACGGUGAGACUGGACAUGGCGAUCACUGCCGCAAGUGGGCUUAUCGUGCCAAAUCGGUGAUUUCGGAGCUGCCACAGAUUGAUGAUUGCAAUGCCACGUUCAAGUACACCUGUCUGCUGUGCCGUCGAUGCUCGCAUGGCAUCAUCAAGUUCGAAGAUGAAGAGCAACAGCUGCGUUGCCACUAUUGUCAAUUCGAGGUGAAUGUGGAGAAGUACAAUGCGGAGGAGGUGCAUGUUUUAUCCUUUAUCGAUCAUCUGGUUACGCCCUACAAGCAGUUUGUGCGUGAGAAUUUCUUAAAGUGUGCCGAGAGCACGCACAGCUCGAAGAUGCUGUCACUCAAUAGCCAGUACAAGCAGCAACUGCAACAGCACUAGCAAGCCAGCUAAAGCAACGUUUUAGACGUUGAAAAAAAUAUAUAUAAAAUAAAAAAAUAUAUAUAUAUAU